CACUCUGCAGGCCAAAAUAUUUCAUUUGUAAUAGGCUGUAGAGCUGUGGGAUGAUACCAUGAUUUAACACUGAUUUGUCUGAUUGUAAAUUAUCAUUGGGUUCCAUAGAAGUUUUUUAACUAGCAAGAAGAAACAAGUGUGAAAAAGAUGAACUUAGAGCUAUCCACAUACAGUUGUCAGCAGAUGGUGCCAUAUUGCCUUCAAUGGAUCCCAAGUGGGCUGAGUGGUUUUGUAAUAUCGUUCAUUGUCAAGAGGAAGCAAAAGGAAGAUACUGGAGGAGAACAAACACAUGGGAAAACCUACUGACAGAGAAGAAAUGCAGAGAUCCCACCACUUAUUUGAACUAAGGAUGGAGAAGAUGAAGAAAUAUUACCUGAAUGAGUUGCUGCAGAAUACUUGGUAAAAUGUCUUUCUUCUUGACAUGGAUCAAAGCUAUUUUUAUCAUUGCCUUGGCAUUUCCUCAUUAUUCUGAAACUUCUUUUGAACCUUUACCAGAAAUUCGUCAAGUGCCAAGCUGUGAUGUGUAUAUACAUCAAUCACAUUUUUGCACAAGAGAAAAGGAUCCAGUCUGUGCAACCAAUGGCCAAACUUAUUCCAAUACAUGUGUUUUCUGCAGUGAACAAUUUGAAAGUGGUGGAGCAUUUGAGUUUGGUUAUUAUGGUAGAUGCUGAUUUUGCCUGAGCUACACAUCACUAUGGCUUUUAUUGUGAUCUAGUUUUGUGGUAGAUUCUACAACCAAUUAGAACUUCCUCAGUCAGGGUUUUAAAUUCCUAGAUAACCAAAGACUUCUAUGGUAUUAAGAUGGAAUAUCAGAUGUUGAAGAAUUUUCCUAAGACCCUAUGAAUGAAAGAUUUUUCUUUUCUAUGUUCAAUUAUUCAAAGACAAUUGAAAAAUUAUCUUGUGUGUUUCUUAACAUAAAAUCUAAUGCAAUUUAAAAUCAUAAAUAUUUCA